AUGAAGCACGGGAAUAUGUCUGUUGAUGAGUAUGCUGCUCGAUUUGAGGAAUUGGUGAAGUAUUGUUCUCAUUAUAAUACUAAUGAGGCUAUGAAUUCCAUGUGCAUUAAGUUUGAGAACGGGCUGCGUCCCGAGAUCAAACAGGGUAUUGCUUGUCAGAAGAUAAGGAACUAUCUAGAAUUGGUGAGCAGAAGCAGAAUUUAUGACAAUGAUAACCGAGCCAGGAUUGAACAUUACAAGGUUGUGAAUGAUCAGAAAGGUAAUCAGAAUCGUGGAAAGCCGUAUAGUAUUCCAGAUGCAAAAGGAAAACAAAAAGCUGCUUUUGGGAAGAAGCCAAGUGGGGGAGGAGGAUUUGCUUCCAACCCCAUUGUUUGCUUCAAGUGUGGUACUGAGGGACACCGUGCUAAUGAGUGCCCAAAGGAUGUUAAGAAAUGCUUCAAAUGCGGGAAAGCAGGUCAUGUGGUGGCAGAUUGUAGAACUAAGGUGCCUACAUGCUACAAUUGUGGUGAAGAGGGUCAUGUCAGCACUCACUGUCAGAAGCCAAAGAAGACUCAGGGUAAUGGCAAGGUGUUUGCACUAGUGGGAGCCCAGUCUACUAGUGAGGACUGA